UUUUUUUUUUUGUUUUAUUUCGAGAUUUCGACAUGGAAACCAAAGAGGCCUUCGAGUAUUUUUAUUUAUUAGAAAAAGAGUUUUGGAAGGAUUUAGAAAAAGAUAAAGAUAGAAUUGAAUACAUUACUUAUGGAGGAGAAUUAAGACCAGAAGAUAUGCUUUUAUAUGGAGAAUUUGGAUUUGUACUAUUAGGGCUCAAGCCAGCUCUAUUAAUAGAGUUUCGUGAUUUAAAAGUAAAUCGUCUUUAUCUUGAAAGGGUGGUUCAACCUGUACUUUCUUCAUUAAAAAGACUCAAGUACCAUAUUAUUCAGCAUGUUGAAACACCAGAAACCAAUCUUCAUGGUUGCAUAUUUAUCUAUAACGACAGAAACGAAGAAGAAAAAGUACUACUACUACUACAAUCUAUCCUAAAUAAUAAGAUAAGUCCAUUAAAGAUAACAGAAGAAACGAUGGCGACUAUAUUAGAUUAUCCUGGGCAUCUACCUAGAUCAGAAAAGGAAUUAUCUACGAUGAAAACCGUUAUUUAUUUUCAUGAUACACCUAAUCAUGGUUUAAUUGCUUUAACUUCAUUUGCUAUGCAAGCAUCUGAACAAGAAAACGUUUUAACUCAUUUUAAACAUUAUCAGGAAAUAUGUAAAAACCGACUAGGCAUUCACAUGAAGUUAUUUCUACAGUAAUAAAGGAGAGGUCUAAUCUUAUUUUUAUUUAUUUUUUUUUAACUAUUAACACUGUGAUGUGUGUAUAUAUGUACGUAUGUGGAGGUUAUUAUUAAUAAAAACAGUUCCCCCUUAUUUUUAA